AUGGUCAGAUCGUCAGAAAUCGACGACGUACAGAGAUGGUCAGAUCGUCAGAAAGUUGACGACGUAGAGAGAUGGUCAGAUCGUCAGAAAGUUGACGACCUACAGAGAUCGUCAGAUAGUCAGAAAGUUGACGACGUACAGAGAUCGUCAGAUCGUCAGAAAGUUGACGAUCUACAGAAAUCGUCAGAUCGUCAGAAAGUUGACGACAUACAGAGAUCGUUAGAUAGUCAGAAAGUUGACGACAUACAGAGUAUCAGAUGGUCAGAUCGUCAGAAAGUUGACGAUCUACAGAGAUCGUUAGAUCGUCAGAAAGUUGACGACAUACAGAGAUCGUUAGAUGGUCAGAAAGUUGACGACGUACAGAGAUGGUCAGAUCGUCAGAAAGUUGACGACGUACAGAGAUCGUUAGAUGGUCAGAAAGUUGACGACCUACAGAGAUCGUUAGAUGGUCUGAAAGUUGACGACAUACAGAGAUCGUCAGAAAGAUGA